UUAUUUGAAACAUAUAGUUUUCGUAAUAACAUAAUUAUGUUAUCUGUAUCUUUCUGUGACAUCCUUGUUUGUCUUGUAAUGCAGUUCUUCACGAGGUUGUGUCAGAUUUUCUUUUCAAAAGAACACACUAAAAAAAAAUCCUAGCUUUAUCCAUAUAUUUUGAUGCCCUUUUUUUAGUUAAUGUUUUUCCUCCUCGCUGUUCUCAUCACUUCUCUACUUGCAACCUGUAAAGAUUCUAGAGAUCUUGCAGACACCCUUUUUUUUUUUUGUUUUUGUUCUCUUAAUAAACUCAAUCCCCACUUUGUUUCUCUCUCCAGUAUUUCUCGGAUUCCACUUUCUCUUUUUGAAAGCUUUGUUCCUGCUAUACUUUUUGUUGCUAGAAACCAUUGGGUUUGGAAGGGGUCUUCGAUACAGUGCUUUGACAUUUGCGUUUCUCUUUACAAAGAUUUCCUGGCUAGCUACUUGUUAUUCUCUCUUGUUUUGUCACUUCAAAUUCCAGGGAAAGUGCGAGGGAGAAAGGAGUAAAAUGAAGCUUCUUUUGCGGUCCUUUUUCUAACAAACUCCGCUUGUUUUGUUUCUCUAUUUAGGAUUACUUUUGUUACAACUACUGCUACUACUUUUUCCUUCCUUGGUUUCGAUCCUCAAGAGAUGGGGAGGGCUACAAGGUGGCUGAAGGGGCUGUUGGGCAUGAAAAAAGAGAAAGACAAAGACAGAGACCAGAUAGGGCAUUCAAAUUCAGUUUUAUGUGACAAGAAAGAAAAGAAAAGAUGGAGUUUUGCCAAGUCCGGGAAGGAUGCUAAUGCAAUCUCUCAGAUUCCAUUGAGUAUUGCAAGGAGUAUUCCGGCGAACGAUGCUGCUUGGCUCAGAUCCUACAUUGAUGAGAGUGAGAAGGAGCAGAAGAAGCAUGCAAUUGCAGUGGCUGCUGCUACAGCAGCUGCAGCUGAUGCAGCCGUGGCAGCAGCACAGGCGGCGGUGGCAGUGGUGAGGCUGACCAGCAAUGGAAGAGGUACAUUGUUUGGUGGAGGGAGGGAGAGGUGGGCAGCUGUGAAAAUUCAAACGGUCUUCAGAGGCUAUUUGGCCAGGAAAGCACUUAGAGCUCUGAAAGGACUGGUUAGGUUACAGGCUCUUGUUAGAGGCUAUCUUGUGAGAAAGAGGGCUACUGCAACUCUGCAUAGUAUGCAAGCUCUUAUUAGAGCACAAACAGCAGUUCGAUCUCAGCGAAUACGUCGCUCCUUCAACAAGGAGAAUAGGUACUAUCCUGAAAACAGGCCCCGGAAAUCCAUUGAAAGAUUUGAUGAUCCAAGAAGUGAAAUCCACAGCAAAAGACUAUCUGCAUCAAUUGAAAUCAGUGCAUACGACGAAAGCCCUAAAAUAGUUGAAAUUGAUACAUUCAAGACCAGGUCAAGGUCCCGCCGGUACAAUAUUGCGUUAUCAGAAUGUGGGGAUGACUUGCCUUGCCAGAUAAUCUCUUCGCCUCUUCCAUGUCCAGUUCCAGCUCGAGCAUCAGUACCCAAUUGCCAAAAUCUUCAUGAUUUUGAAUGGUGCUUCACCGGGGAUGAAUGUAGGUUCUCGACUGCUCAUAGCACUCCUCGUUUUGCUAAUGCUGCAAGGUCCAAUGCUCCUACUACACCGGCUAAGAGCGUGUGUGGAGACGGGUAUUCUGGGCCUUAUUCCAACUUCCCUAACUAUAUGGCAAACACACAAUCCUUCAAGGCCAAGUUAAGAUCUCACAGUGCCCCAAAGCAAAGACCAGAGCCAGGAGUAAAGAAGAGGCUUUCGCUCAAUGAAAUAAUGGCUGCAAGGAACAGCAUGAGUGGAGUUAGAAUGAACAAGUCAUGUUACCAAGUUGAAGAAGCUUUAGAUUUUUGAGUAGUGCUCAAGUUUCAAUGUCCUCUUAAUUUGUUUGCUAAGAAAAUUAGGAGGAUUUGGAUAGAGAACUGUAGAAGUUGAACCAAUACAACUUCUCUAGUGUUUUCCACUUCGUUAUGAACAAGCCAUAGGAUAGAACAGAGCGCUUGUGUAAAUUCUUCCAAAGAGUUUUUAUUCAAUCAUGCCCUUGCCAAUGAAAUGAAGAU